UGGCAGGGCACCGUUAGAGUCCGGCAGAAGAAGAGGGCGCAGAGGUAGAGCGGAGUGGAGAAGAAGAGUUUAACGGUUCCCGGUAGUUUGACCGCCGCCCCGGUCUCCACGGUGCAGGUGGCGUACACGCUGUUUUAGGACUUUGUUUACACCGUAAAACAAGCGGCAAACUAAGCUACAUCAAUUCCUCCACCAGGCCACUUCACCGCCAUAUUCUUCCGACGAGACGCUAUGUGUUGACAACUUAACUGUUAAAGGAGCAUUACAACAAACAAAGGUAACGUUACAGAAUACUUCACACGCACAGUAACGUUACGUGUCUCUCACACACACAGAGAUAGCUCCGGUACCUGACUCUUAAUAAAGGUAACUCACCUGCAUGACACUGAUUGAGCACAUUAUCUCUGCUAGCUAACCUCAGCUAACGUUGUCCACUUGAUAUAAUUAGAUGUUAAGUCUCGCUAGCUGCUCUUUACUGAAAACGAGGAGAACUCUGCAUUAAUAGGAAUUUAAGGAGCAUUUGUUGAUUUUUUUUAAUGACCCGAGUCUAAAUCAAUAUAAAUUGUAUUAUAAUGAGACAGCCUGUGAUGAUUUCUUUGCACGAUCAGUCAAAGAUGAGCUGAUCGCAGAUUUCAGCCUCACUGCACGACACAAAGUGAAGUCAAGCGCGAAAUCUGACAGCAGAGCAGCGUGCCCGGAUGAACGCGAGUGAUCACUUACCUCGAAAAACAUGUUUCAGGGCAUCCGACAGCUGAAUCCUCGGCACAUGAUCGCACGAAGCGGUACUUUUUUCCAAUAAAAAAUGAUGACACCUUUUGAAAUGCGCUCUGUCAGCUCUCUACUGCCCCUAGCGGCGUGUUAUGGUUACAGCAGAUUAGACAGAUUUUAAUGUCAUUGCACAGGUACAAUCAAUCAAUCAAUCAAAGUUUAUUUAUAUAGCACUGUUCAUACAAAUAAAAACGCAGCUCAAAGUGAUUUACAUCAGGACAAGAAAAAUAAAAGUUAUUAAACUAAAACAGACAAUAAAAUAUUAACUUGUAUUUAUUAAUAAAAUAAGGUAAAAAGUAAUACUAAAAAAUAAAUAAAUGAUAAUAGUAGUUAAACUAAUGAAUCUUUACAUAGAAGCCAGGCUAAAUAGAUGAGUUUUAGGUUACAUUUAAAGAUUUCUAUAUUUGCAGCUUGUCUCAGACCCUCUGGAAGUUUGUUCCACAGUUUCGGAGCGUAGCGGCUAAAAGAAGCAUCACCAAAAAAUUUUUGUUCUGCUCUGUGGAACGAGGAGAGCAUUACAGUAGUCGAGCCUGCUGGUUAUAAAAGCGUGCAUUAGUCUUUCUGUCUGGCUCAGAGAGAGAAACGGUCGUACUUUAGCAAUGUUUUUAAGAUUUUAACAAGUGCUGAACAACAAAAUGCACGUCUAACUAUGUAUCCAACCAGAGGUUUGUCUGAGCUUUCAGGUUUGUUUGUUUGUUUGUUUGGAACCCCAUUACUUCCACAAAGUGGUUGCUAGUCUUCCUGGGGUCCAAAAACUUAAAAUCACAAUACAAUUACAGAUUCAAAUCCUGAUUCUUCACAACAUUAAAACAUUAAAAUCACUCCAAAAUCAGUGCUUUUGUAGUCCGUUUAUAUAUGCAGUUUUGUUUUAAAGUCCUUUUAAAAUAAUACCUACUGCUUAUUUGCUGUGUGCUCCCAGGCAAUUGAUUCCACAUUUCCAAAGAUCUAAAUAACCCUGUUCUCGUCAUACAAUUCGACUUGGUGAAUGGAUCAAUUAAAUAACCAGAGCUAACCUGCCCAACCAGGAGCUGAGCGAAGUGAAAGAGUAACACACAGGGUCUAGGAUUGUUUUAAGUCUUAUUUUACUCUUUUAUCGCAUUAUUUUUAUUGCAUUCUCAUCAUUCCACUGUGAACGUAUUGCACAGGUAUUUAUCAUCUCCUAAUUUAUUUAUAGCUGAUUUGGGGUGCUGACAGGGGAAUGUUUGGGCCAUAUGCUGCUGUGAAUGUCUGGUCGUUGUCUGUUCCUUGAUUGUUUAACAACAAGGCGGGUUACUGUGAAGUGAAUUGUCCUUCAGGGAUUUAUAAAGUUGUCUGAAUCUGAAUCCGAACAUAUAAGCGUAGGGUGUGAGUGGUAAUAUUCAGUAUACAACAUAAACAGAUGAAAUGAAAGUAUAAAAAUACACUUACAUUUUGUCUAAUACGGGCUGUAUGUCAAAAUGUUGGUGUCAAACUGUGCGAUUUAUUUUGAGUUUUUGCAGUAUUUAUAGUUUAUAUGAUUUUUAAUGAUGCUAACACAAAUAGUUUGUAAGACACCAGCAGACAUUAGGGGCUGGGACGAUGUGCUUUUCUCCCGAUUCGAUUCUUCUACGAUUUUUGGAUGCCGAAUUGAUCUAAAAUUUCAAUUCUAUGAUAUUGUCGAUUUUCUUGAUCUUUAGUCUGCAUUUUUAACACCAGUGAAACAGUUGAAUGAUUAUGAUUGUCUUCUGACUAUUCUAAGAACUAUAUUUCCCCAAGAAACACACAAAUUCUCUCUCUCUCAGCCCUCGUGAUCGUCACUCGUGCUGCAGACCUCCAGAUUGUUGGCUGUGAUUCUGUCUUGUGCGUUUUGGUGUUUUUUCUUGAAGACCAGGUUUUCUGGUGGCAGGAGCCUGUGGUGUUUCCUUUUGUUUGAUUAACUAGUUGGCAGUGGACUUUUGUUUCUUUUGAAGAACGUUAUUGAUGAUCGGCCUCGUGCUCACCUGUAGUUGUGUUAUCUUUUUGUUAUUAGAUUUUGAUUGUAAAUAAAUGACUCGCUUAUUCUGAUUUCCUGUUUCACACUCUUUAUUUCGUCUCCCCUGCCCGGUCUUAAUUUUUUGUUACUUCCCAUUUUCCCCCUAACCAUUCUUCCAGGUCGUAAGUAUAUGUAAGUCAGUUUUUAUUAUUUAUUCUUAAAUUAAAAAAAAAAAAAAAAAGAUUUUGAACAAAAAAUCAAUUAAAAAUUGUAAAAUAAAAAAUUUUGAUACUUUUGUGAAUCGAUUUUUUCUCCCACCCUUAGCAGUCAUGAUGUGGUUGUAAAUACUCCAGCUUUGCCCAUUAUGGAAACAUCAUGUAUUUUUAAUUUUGCACUUAUAAUCACAGGACUUUAGUCUCUUAUGUUUUAAUUUCUUUACACAGGUUACGUUCCCAUAAAGAACUUUAUUUCUUCUAAAUUUAAACAAAACUUAAAGUCAAAAGAAGCAAGAGCUCAUAUUUGUGAAGAUACUCAUGGCCCCUUGACGUCUCUCUGGUCUGGGCUGCUAAGAGGAAAGAGAUCUGAAUAUUGAUCUGAUUAUGGGAUUUCAAAGAUUGUCCAUCGAUCUGAUCACACUUAUGAUUAAGCUGUAGAUCUCGUCUUUCCUGACAUGAGGAUUCACAGCAGAUCUCUCAUUUCCUCUUUCUGACUCAGAGCGAUGGAGGAGGGCUCUGAUGUGACGGAGGAUAUUGUUUUUCGAGGAGUGGAGUUCUCUGUGAAGAUAGAGGUGGACAAGAGCGUGCUGAUUGUGGAAAUCUCUGACUCGGUGACAGCUGAUCAGUGGAGGGGGGACUUUGAUCCCGCAUGUAAGUAGCAAACAUGUUUUAAAGAUGAAAUGCCAUCCGGUGCUCAAAUUGUCCCACUAACACUGUUAAAUUUAUUCUUUAAGACAUUGAGGACCUCACCCGCAAGACCGGCAACUUCAAGCAGUUCCCUAUUUUCUGCAGCAUGUUGGAAUCAGCUGUCAGGAAGGUAUGUGUGAAGGUGCACUCAGAUAAAACAAAAGUAUAAAGAAGGGCAGCUGAAACGCACAGAGAGUCAACAGUAAGCUGAGAGCAGACACAGAUUAGCCCAGGGCUCCUUGAGCGAAGGCGAGACACAGUCAUUUGAGUUCAAUGUUUCCACUCGAGCAAAAAAAUGCCCAUUUAUCCCGAGCCGCCCUGUCCCCUCUCUGCUAGUCAUUAAUGCACAAGCACAGGGCCGAAAGAGGAGGGCCUGGAGGGGAAUGAAGGAAACGAUUGGAGAUUUUGGUACAUUUUAGAGAACCAUCCAAACUGAACUGUCCAAUAAAUACAAGCUCACACAGACACACACGCUGAUUUCAGUGUUUGCUCAAUAAACUGUCCGCCCAGGCAUUUGUGUUCUAUUCUCACAUAUUACAGGGUAAAUUAAAAGCAACAGAACGAUGCACAUAAAAUCAGCAGGGCUUGACACAAACUUUUUUCACAAGGAGCACAUGUGUUCCUAAGUUAAAAAUGUAAGGAGCACACAAAGAACUGUAGGGGCACAAUGAAAAUUGAUCAAAUAAUGUUUGUCUUAUUGGUCGACAUAAGUACUAUUAUUUGAAAUCAAUUUUAGGUCUUUUGGUCACAUGACAUAGAAGCUAUUGAAGAAAAUGUUCAAUAUUUGCCUUUAAAUUUAACACAACCAUUUUUAGAGGACAAGUUAGGGAAAUAAAGAGAUGUAACUUAGGCUAUGUUCACACUGCAGGUCAAUUUUGAUUUUUUUAACCAUAUGUGACACAUAUCUGAUUUUUUCAUGUAAGUGUGAACAGUGCAAUUCUGAUCUUUUCAAAUCCGACCCAGGCCUCUUUUGUUUGUAGAUAUAAAUCGGAUAUGUAUCCGAUGUGACUGCAGUGUGGACGCGCAGGUCGCGUUCAUCCGACCUAUAAGUCAUCAAUAUGUGACAAACGUCACCAUUGUUCGACAACACAAACAGGCGCGGAAAGCAAUUUGUGCUUUGUGCGCAUGUGGGUCACUUCACGGACGCAUUCCAUUCACAUUAGAUGCCGCAUUUGUUGUUGUAAUGUGAACGACCACAUAAAAAGAUCGGAUUUAACAAGAAAUCCGAAUUGCACAUCAUAACCUGCAGUGUGAACGUAGCCUCAUCGUCCGACCUUAGGACUAUUAAUUUUAGGUCAAUUGGUCACAUGACAGGGAAGAUAUUGAAGGAAAGCAGUCUUUUCUGACAACAUUAUCAGGUAAUUUAUUGAUGGUCCCUUAUUCAACACCCGUCAUUGACCGUGAGGAUGCCGAGUAGAUUUGAUCGCGCUGUUGUUGCUACUCCCGGUUAUGGAGAGUGAGAAGACACCGGUAGAUUAGCAGUGAAUGUCCAUUGAAUAUCCAACCUAAAACUAACUUUACUGCGGUAUUUACAUGAAAAAAACAUUUGUUGUCUCGACUGAUUUUUUUUUUUUUUUUUUUUUAUGCGCACACACAUCUAUUUUUAGUCGCAGAUGCGAGUGAAACAUUCCCACUGUCGAGCCCUGAUCAGGUUGCCUCAUUAUAAAUUGAUCAGAAUCUGUAAUAAGAAAUGUUUUGAUGACCAUCUUUACUUUUUUCUCCAGACAAGUGAUUCUGUGACACUCGACCUCUUGACCUACGCAGACCUGGAGCUGCUGCGUAACAGGAAAGCAGGAGUGGUUAGUCGUCCUCGUGGUCAUCAGCAGUCAUCCGCUCUUACUUCGAAAAGAUAUCUGAUCCUUAUUUACACGGUGGAGUUUGAUAGGUUUGUAUCUGUGCUGACAAGUUGACAUAGAUUUAGUUUGAUUGUGCCUUCUGUUGGUGAGAUUCUCAGUGUUUCUGUUCCUUCAGUGUCAUUAUUGUUGUAUUCUGCUUUGUAUCGUAGGAUCCACUACCCUUUACCUCUGCCCUACGUGGGUAAGCCUGACCCGGCAGCCUUGCAAAAAGAAGUGAGGGCGCUGAGGGCUGAGCUCAAUGCUGUCGCCACUCGUGGGAUUAGCAAAUCUGCAGAGCUCGAGAUCCAGCGGCUCAGGACAGAGUGGGUUGCAUUUUAUCCUGAUCACGAUGAUCUGUAUGAAGGGAUUUUUUAUUUUAACACACCUCACUGUUUUCCAGGCUGGCUCUGGUAAGGGAAGAGAAGGAGGCCAUGGCUAAGGUUCUUGAGCGAUUACAGCUUUCUGGAAGUGGUUCCACAUCUGGACAUGAGGACUGGAGAGGCAGAGACGUUGUGACAACCCUGGAGGAGCAGCUUGUUAAGGAGAGGGCCAAAAGCCAGCGCUCGGCAAGCAAGAGAAGCCAGGAGCAACGGCUGUUAAAAGAGCAGGUGUACAUUCUGCACUGCGGAGUAGUCAGCUGAGAAAGGUUUUACUUGUUUUCUUUGCUACUCAGCAGGUUUUAACCCUCUCUUCCUGUACUGGCUAGCUGGAGGAGCUCCGAGCGUCAGAGUGUGCUCUCCAGGUUCGCGUCAAGAGUCUCUCAAAUGAACUGUCGCAGCUACGGAGAGGGUUAGACAAUCUAAGCAUGUACUUUGUCUUUACUUUCUCUUUCUUUCAUCCAUUCACUUAAAAAGCUGAGUAAACUUUUGAGUUAUGAGUUUUAUGCUCCCGUUUGGCUCACACACUCUUCUUUCUUUGCAGAAGAGUAACUCCUGUGUCCGGCCAUCUCAGCUAUCGAGUUGACGGGGAAAUCUAUCGCUCCGUUUCCCGUGAGAGAAGACCAGCAUACGGGGGAGUCAGGGCGCGAUCCAGUUCGAGAGAGCGGAUAGAUAACAGAAGUCAAAGGUCGGAGGAAAGAGGAAGAAGAGCGGACUCCUCCGGACCACGUGCUCGCAUACCCAGGCCAUCUCCUUCUCCCACUGGUAUUGUUGAAAAGCCCUUCAUCUUUAAAGGGAUAUUCCGGUGUAAAAUUAAUUUAGGGUCAAACACAUCGUAACACUGAGUUAGACACCCCCUCGGGAUGAAUGUUGCUUGCGGUCGUCACUAACGUUGGUAUAACUAGAGAAGCAAAUGGUCGGCAACAUUCAUCUCUCGAGGGGUGUCUAACUCUGUGUUACGAUGUGUUUGACCCUAAAUUAAUUUUAUGCCGGAAUAUCCCUUUAACUGUGUUAUACUCUCAAUCUGUUUGAAUCUGUAGGUUUUAAUGCCUCACCCUGCUGUAUUUCAGGGUCUCGUGCUCCACGCUUUGACCCAACCGCUUACAUCCAGGACAGACAGCGCAGGCUGAAAGAGGCCGAACUGAAGAAGUUGGUUUUCAGGAUUUCUCUCUUGGAUUUUUUCAUGUUUGAUGUUGAGGCUGUUCAGGACAAUCAUCGUAACCAUGAUUUCUGACUCAGACAGAGGAAGGUACGCAGAGACAUGCUGACGUCCCCCAUUGUCCCAGAGCGGGGGCGUUCACGUUCCAGAGAGGUGUAUCCUCUGACAACACGGUCCGGCAGCAGAGGCAGGAGUUUAUCUGUGGAGCGCAGAGGGAGCAGAAACUCAUCAGAAAGUUCUUUGGUUGAUAUGGAGGAAAUGGCCAAAAAUCUGUUCAGGUAAAAGGGAUUACUUCAGAGGGAUUUUCACAGUAUUUUAAGCCUCUGUGAUUCUAACAGCUUUUAAAAUUUCUGAUGCGUUUACAGAGGGAGAAACCAGAUUUACAAUGGACCCAGUGUGGUAAGUUUUUCUUUUUUUUAUCUCUAACAAAUCCCAUGACAAGACAGAAAACAAAAAACAUUAGUUUGAUGGUAAAAUGCACUCAAAUAUACUUGGCUGCAUCACCAUUAUAUUUUUUUUUACAGAGAUGUGUGUUGAAAUCAAUUAGUCAAUUUCUUUUUUUUCUUUAAAAAGUCUCCUACCACAGUCACAGCACAAAAACAAAACGCAAAAGCAGCAAAAACUGAUAACAGUCUUUUUUCAGGAUUAACACUUUGUUAAUCAAUAAAUCACAGAAGUCUUCUUUUUAAGUGAAGAGCAGCUCUGCAUUAGUGUUAAUUAUUGAUGUGUUUAAAAGUUUAUUGGACAUUGAAGGACAAUUAUUUCGUCAUUUGAAGUUUUUUUAAUGGCACUUAUGGGCAAAAAAACAAACAUAAAUUCAUCUGCGUCACCCUCUAACGUAUGAUUUGUGUUCGUAGUCGAGGGGAGGCCUUUUAACGAGGAAACCAUUAUGCAGUACUCCAACCCAAAGAAUGAAAGACAAAGGUGAGACAUUCAUCAUGAGUUAUUUUUCUGGGGGGUGAGUGAAACCGCAGAACAACUGAUUGUAUGUUUUCACGUCCAUCCUUAGAGAGCUCCAUGGAUACAGGUGCAGAGCUCUCUGAGAUCGAUGCCAGACUGCAGGCGCUUCAGGACUACAUGAGGGACCUGGAUACUGGACACUAACGAUCUCCACAUAACGCUGCUCGAACAUUUGUGGAGAUGUUACCUGAUGAAAGCACCUCUUGAAACUAAUGCGCACAAACUGAGAAACACUGUGAGAGAUCGGUUCAAAGAUGUGAAUUUGUUCACGGAUGAAAUUGAAACUCCAUCUGGAGAGUCGAACUUCCAGGGCCUCAGGAAACUAUGAAGAACUACUUUUUUGGACUGAAAUGAUUAUUUUUUUAACCUACAAAGUUUUUAUUAUGUAACUUAAAACUGUAACUGUGUGUUGUCUCGUUUUUUUGUUCACCUCACCAAACUAAAUCGCAGCACCUCCCCCUCUGAAGCAUUUACCUGGUGAUUUCUUUCAGUUUUACAAGCAUAUCUGAUUGACUCGACAGGAUGCUUUCUUGUGCACCUUUUUCUUCUGUAAAACAUUUCAACAAGGAGAUUCUUGACCACUUGUCUCAAAGUAGUCCCUGUGAAUGUGCGUCAUCUCCACCUUUUUUAAAAGCAAAUUUAUGGGGAGUUUCUGAUACAAAUGUGACUUUGAGUGGGAUGAUGUGCCAACUCAGCAACGCCUAAACUGUCAAACCUCUGGUACACUGAUUUAUCUCUGCUUCCCAAUGCAUGAUAAGUUGUCCUACAGUUCCUGAGCCCUGCAGGAGCUAGUUUGCUUCCUUUCUUCCAUCCAACAUUUGUUGUCUGUUUUCACUAUCACAGCUGAAGUGACCUGUAACAGGUUGAGUCACAAAUGUAGCAUUUUCUACUCAUUUAACAAUGAAAUUUGGGUAUGCAGAUGAUUUUAAUUUUGCAGUUUGUUGUAGAAAUGAUUCAGAAAAGAGAAAUCCACACAUCCCUGAAGCUUUAAAGUAAUACAAUACUCUGAUGACAAUGGAUUGAAAUACUACGCCAUACUGGACAAGGUAGUCUCCUGCAAGCCAAGCUAGUUUGUGAGCUAAUGGUGUAUGAUUGAGAUAGGUUAUUCAAUAUGAUUAAUAAUAAGUACCACUCCUGCCUAACACCACUACUUUAUUAAAAUAAACUGUUUCUGAAGUCAAACAUAUUCAUGUAUUUUGGGUAAGUCCCUUUAACACUUCUCAAGUUCAGCACAUUCAGCUUAUUCUCCUUUCCCCCCAAAAUUACCUACUACAGCUUUAAAUACAAAUGGUUUCACCUUCAACAUCAAAGUGAGUAUUUUGUUUACCUUGUCUGAGGGACCAAAAGUCAAUACCACAGUUUAAUUUUUGGACCUAUUUAAGUAUUUGUCUCUUACAUUUUAUGGUCAUGGUGCAUGCAAGUGUGUGAGCAAUGAGUAAAGCUGCCAAAUAUUUUUGUCACUGACAAGACUGUUACUGAAAUCUUUUCCUUGUGCAUUGCCUUUUAUACCACCUGAAAUAUAAUUUAUUGAAACUGUACCCUGUGUGAAGAGUUUUUCUCUAGUCUAGGCAUGAACACAUUUGUUAUCACUCCCCUCUCUGUGCUUGUGUCAGUUGAGAUUAAGCUCAAGGGAAACCUUGAAGAGAUUCCAGCCGUGCAGCUGUCUCUCUCUUUCAUUAAUGAACUAAUAAACUAAACAGGGGAGCCGCUUAGUCUGAACAGCUGCUCUGCUCCCACUGAAGA